AUGACUAGACACAACUUGGAAGUCCAUCUCAAAUGGCUUUUAGAUCAAGGCCCGUCUUCCUACACAUCUCUAUCGCCGUCUCCGCGCGUCUCUAGCGACCUCUCCGCCAGCCAGCGUCCCACGGGAGACCCGUCAAUCCCAGCGCCAAUCGCCCCGGUCGGCCAUAUUGCAACGAGUGCCGUAAAUGAUACGGAGUCACUCCAGGAUACCUUUGUGGAUGAUGAUUUGGAAGCCGGCGCGGGGACCGAUUCGGAUAUAAACAUGGCACGGUUACUACUUGCUCCGCAGUCGUCGAGAAAACCCCGUUUGCUCAGUCACCCCAAAGAUCCAAUUCCUGGUGUACCAAAAACUCCCAAUGGUCGCUCAUCCCUCGACACUCCGCAGAGUAGUCGCAAGGUUUUACCACAAACAUCAGCCAAAGGCAGUCAAAGCGCGCGCCCGUCAAUUUGUGCCCCCAACCCGCCAGAGGCUACGCCGUUACAAGCGAAAUCCCCUUUCGACGAUUUUGAUUCUCCGUUUCUUGAUCUCGAUACGGUCGACUUAACCGGCGACUUGGACCAGACUACCUCGUCGGCAGCCGCCGAUGAGUUCGGCGAAUCUCGACGUGUAUGGACCGAAGAUGCUGCGUUGCGCACGGACCCCGUGGAGAAGCGAGGGAAGAAACGAAAGAGCGACGAGUACACCUCCGAUCUUCGCUCACCGAGGAAGCAUGCCCCGAAAGUGCGGUCGCCAUUGAGCACAGUGGACGACGUUCCUUCGCGCUCCAACUCAACACGGACUGUCAAGAGCCCACUCUCACGCCCAGUCAAGCAUGACCUGAGUUCUCCUUCGAAACGACCUACACUCGACCUUUCGCGACCUCAAAGCAACCUUUCAAGAGAUGUUAUUGCCGAUUCCGACGAAGAUGGCGAUGAGAAUCUGUUUGAUGAUUGGGAAUGUGAAGAUGAAUACAUGGUACCUGCCACCAGCGAGGUUUUGUAUCCGAUUCUGCCCAAGGACGAGGAUAUUGCGGAUGCCGAGGACAACAAGAAGCCCGCAAAGCGGCGAACGCCUAAAUCUCCGGUCAAGCCGGUGGAUACUAGUGCACGUUCGAGUAGUGAAGGAAUUCAAAGUUUUGGGAGGCCUUCCGACGUGCCCUCUUCCAGUAUUUCAGGCGCCCCGCCUAAGAAUGAAGAUGUCGUCAAGUUCCUAGCCUCCCCUGUGGAUUUGCUAGACGGGCAGAUAGCAUCACUUAGGGAUACGCUUACACGGAAUGCUGAAAUUGUGUACGAACAGGCAAUGAGAGGUGAAACUGCACCUGGGUUGAUUGCAGAAAACAAGAGCAUCACCGACCGGAUCGAAGCCAUUGAGUCGUUGAAGCUGAAAAGGGCUGAAUAUGAGGCCUGUGAAAUGAAGAGGAAGGAUCUCAAGAAGACCCUGAUGCAAGUGAUAUCACAAGGUGGCAGUCCAGAAUCGUUGCCACGGGAAUUAAAAGAAAGUCGGGAAAUGACUUCCCGCGCCGAGGAGAUGGAAGCAGAUAUACAGAGUCUCCUUUUGCGCGCUGGUGAUCUACCAGCCCAUUCCGUGCCAAACAAUAGUAACAUUGCGCAGCGUGGUUUGGAUCGAAACAACCUAUCACUUCGGGAGACCAAGUCUCCUAGCAUUAGAGAGAAAUUUGGACCGAGGCACUCAGAGUCUGCUGGCAGCUCGCUGCUUCGGCCCUCCGUAGGAUCUACCUUUAACUACAACACUUCCCGAAGCGAGAUCUCAGCACCUCCUCUCAAUGCACACAAGAGGACUACCAAUGGGAGCGCGGGACUGGGUAUCUUUGACUACGACGAUCCAAUGAUGGAUGACGGUGAUGAUGCUUUCACUAGGACGAUGGGAUCGCCAAUUUUCCAAAAUGAUCCUAUCGACGAGUUUGACUUGGACGCCGAUGAUGACGAGAUGCUGGAGGCUGCAGGUUACCUGGAUGUGAAUCACACAGUUCCAUCUAACAGUCAUGAGGCCCCGCCCCGAAAGGUCUUUGCCGAAACAUCUGCAAACGCUCUUCGCCUUCCGUCUCCUCAGAAGUCGCAAAGCCACACUGCGUUGUGGGACCAGCAUUCGUGGUCUAAGGAUGUGAAAAAGGUUCUGAAGGACAGAUUUCAUUUGCGUGGCUUUCGGCUUAAUCAACUGGAGGCUGUAGACGCAACGUUGAGCGGGAAAGACGUCUUUGUUUUGAUGCCCACUGGUGGAGGCAAAUCCUUAUGUUACCAACUUCCUUCUGUGGUGACCAGUGGCGCCACCAAGGGAGUGACACUAGUGGUUUCCCCAUUGCUAAGUCUCAUGCAGGAUCAGGUGUCUCAUUUACACCGCAACGAAAUUAAAGCAUUUGUGAUGAAUGGCGACACCCCAACUGAUGAGCGAAAAUGGAUUAUGAGCACGUUAGCUAGUCCGAGACCAGACAAGCAUAUUGAGCUGUUGUACAUCACGCCGGAAAUGCUAAGCAAGAACCAAAUUCUGACCCGGAUAUUGGAGCGGAUGAAUGAAGCGCACCGACUUGCGCGUAUCGUCGUUGAUGAGGCACAUUGUGUCAGUCAAUGGGGGCAUGACUUUCGCCCUGACUACAAAGAACUUGGGGAGAUUCGAACUCACUUGCCUGGGGUACCAAUGAUGGCCCUGACUGCCACUGCCACGGAAAACGUCAAAGUGGAUGUGAUUCAUAAUCUCAAAAUGGAAGGCUGUGAGGUGUUCACACAAAGUUUCAACAGACCGAACUUAACCUACGAGGUGUUGCCAAAGAAGAAGGGUGCCAGUCUCUUGGAGAGUAUCGCAGAUACUAUCAAGACAUCCUAUCGAAACAAGUGUGGGAUUGUUUAUUGCCUCUCGCGCGAUUCUUGUGAGAAAGUUGCGAGUACUCUGCGGGAUGACCAUGGGAUCAAAGCCGAGCAUUAUCACGCGGGUCUCAAGUCUCAGGAACGUACUGUGAUCCAACAACGUUGGCAGCGUGGACAGACUCAUGUCAUCGUCGCAACGAUCGCUUUCGGCAUGGGGAUUGACAAACCGGAUGUGCGUUUCGUCAUCCAUCACAGCAUUCCGAAAAGCUUAGAGGGCUACUACCAAGAAACUGGUCGUGCUGGUCGCGAUGGCAAGCGCUCUGGCUGCUAUCUCUACUACUCUUACGGAGACGUCAACCCCAUUACUCGGAUGAUUGAUGGGGGCGAUGGGAGCAAGCAGCAGAAAGACCGACAGCGCCAGAUGUUGCACAACGUUGUCCAAUACUGCGAGAACAAGUGCGACUGCCGACGAGUACAAAUACUUGCCUAUUUCAACGAGUAUUUCCGCCCUGAGGAUUGUAACGCCGCUUGUGACAAUUGCAAGUCUGAUGCCGUGUUCCAACUCCGCGACUUUUCUCAGCAUGCGGCUUCUGCAAUCAAGGUUGUCAGGCACUUCGAGAGAUUAGGCGAGAAUGUCACUAUGUCAUACUGUGUCAAUAUCUUCCGCGGCAGUGUGAAAAAGUUCCGGUCUCCUCAGCACAGGGAGGCUCCAGGCUACGGAGAUGGGUCAUCAUUGGAGAUGGGAGAGGCCGAGCGACUAUUCCAUCGUCUGCUCGGCGAAGGAGCUUUACAUGAAGAGAAUGUGGUCAACGGUAGCAAAUUUGCUAAUCAGUAUAUCAAGCCAGGGCGGCGUGCUGCUGAAUUCGCAAACGGUUCUCGCAAGUUGCAGCUUCAUGUCAAGGUUUCGGCAAAUGGAAAGGGAAAAAGACCUCGAGGCGAUUCCGGGAAAGAUGAUUAUCCACAAUCAACCAAUAUCUCAUCGCCUGUACAAGCGGGCAACCGGCGCAAUCUCAAUCGCUUUCGAUUGGACAACUCCGACGGCGAUGAUUCAUCUGAUGACGACCGGGAUAGCGAUGGUUUCGAAUCCAUUCGAGUUGCUGGAAGACCGCAACGAAACAAAAAACAUACGCCAGGCCCACCGAUCACCCAAGAUCAUAGGUUUGAACAACUUGAUCCUCUUCACAAGGCGGUUGCAGAAGACUUUAUGGUCUAUGCCAAAAACCAUUGUCAGGAUCUGGUUCUCAAGAAGAGCCUCCGCAAUCAGCCUUUUACUGAUGGUGUUCUUCGCGAGAUGGUUAUUGUGUUCCCUCAAAAUAUGUCGGAGCUUGCUAUGAUUCCCGGGAUUGAUCCGGAUAAAGUAAAUCGAUACGGCGCUCAGAUCCUGAAGCUCGUCCGAGACACACAGCGUCGUUAUGCAGAAUUACGAAAGGAACGUGAUGAUGCAGAUGGCGUUGUUCCUGAUCCCAAUCAUCACAAUGUCAUCAAUCUCAGCAGCGACAGCGAAGAAUACAAUGAUGGGGACCUCUUGGAUCAGGCCUCGAAUCUGGACAUAGAUGAGAAUGUUUCCAGCCGAUUCUUCAUCACGCAGCCAGUCCCAAGCAAUGACUCCGACGAUGAGCAGGCUGGCCCUUCGGGCUCGAAUGGGUUCAGGGGUCGGAAGCGUCAAACCAGCAAACGGCCUCGUCGGAAACCUCCCACUACAUCUCGCUCUGGAACAAAAACGCCGAGGCCCAGAAAGAAGGCUAGUAGUAGCCGCUCCGACAGUCGUCCGUACUCUCGGAAGACUUCGUCGAAAACGAAGGAGCCGACGGCCUCCCGAAUAGGGAUGAUGCCUAUCUAA